GUCCCGGUGCUGGCGCUAAUGGCCGGACGGCUGCUGCUGCUGCUGGCCGCCGCGCAGCCCUUUCCCUCCCAAGCAUACUAUGAAAUCUCUCUGCCCCCUGGAGACAGCAUCACAGUUACCAUAAAACUUGAACCUCAAGUUGGGACCGGGCUGCAUUGUAAAAUAUGUUUUCAAUCACUCUGUUGGCCUGCGAUGACAGUCAGAUCUGGAGAAAAAAAAACCUUCUAUUUUAACUGCAUUAACCCAGAGAAAUAUUUUGUCCUCACAGUCCACAAGGAAAUUGAUUGUACAGCAGAGCGCUGUCCCUCUGGAAACGUAAUGCUUCAGCCUCCAAGACUGCCUCCCCUGAACAAGACUUUCACCUGGCACGUAAAAGCCGAUAAGAGGAUCGGCCUGGAAUUGCAGUUCCCUUCCCCCCGCCUAAAGCAGAUUGUGCCCGGAUCCACCUGCCCGGAUUUGGUGAGCUACAGCAUCCGUGGCUCUGUUGAUACCCGGAUGGUAAACAUUGGGACCUUCUGCAGCAACGGCACGGUAUCGCAAAUCAAGCUGCAGGGGGGAAUGAUCGUGGACUUAAAAUUACCGUGGAAUGAAAACCGCAACUCUUCUGGCUUCAGUUUUAAACACAGCUCUCCCAUAAAACGACUGUGCAUCAUCGAGUCUGUCUUUGAGGGUGAAGGAGAGGCAACUCUGAUGUCGGCCAACUACCCGGAGGGACUUCCAGAGGACGAGCUCAUGUCCUGGGGGUUUACCAUUCCCCCACACCUCCGUACCAGCGUCUCCUUCCUGAACUACACCCUCGCCAACUGUGCCAAUAAGGAGCAACGAGUGGAGUACCACAUACCGGGCUCAUCAAGUCCCGAGGUGAUUCCCUUCUCAGACAAGCAGCCGGGCAACAUUGCCGGAAAUUUCAACAUCUCCCUGUUGGGCUGUGACCAGGACACUCUGAAUCCCGGGGCUCUCCGUUUGCUCUUCCAGGUUCUGGUUCAGCAUCCCCAGAAUGAAAGCAGUGUGACCUACGAAAUUGACUUGAGCACCGAAAAAGUCAUGAUGUUGACCAUAGAACCGAGGCCAGUUCAGAACACCCGGAACUACGUCCCCGCCUGCUUAAUCUGCCAGGGGCCUAGGAUCUGCAGCCCCAGUUUGACGCUAAAAUCAGGCUCCAAAUACACAAUCUCUUUCCUCUGCAAUGAUCUGAAGCGUCUGUGGAUGUUCGCUGAAAAAAACAUAACUUGUCUAGAUGCCAGGAUCUGCCUGGGAAAGAGCUAUACCCUCCGUGUGCCUGACGACAUCGUCCAGUUGCCAGUGGAGCUGAAUUACUUUGCUUGGAAGCUGCUGGCCCCCAAGGACAAGAUCAGCAUCGAGAUGACCCCGAUGCUGAGGCUGCAGCAGCACACCCAAGAGAAGCCCUGCACCACGAGCUUCCGCUACAUCCUGACCAGCGCCGUCCCCGGCCAGGAUCUCCGCUUCGGCUACUACUGCCCCGGGGGCUCGGUGGCGAAGAUCCAAGUGAAGCAGGACUUUUCCGUGAUGCUGCGGAAGUUCAAGGAAGGCUUCUCCAACGAGUCCUCCGAGCAGGGUCUGGUGGUGAAAUUUAUAGCUCCUUCCAAAGACGAGGGGCUUUUCACCGUGAUCCCAGACCUCAAGGGUAAAGUUUACCUGAGAACCCCCUACUGGGACCGGGGUCUGCCGCCACUGGCCUCGGCGUCCUGGAACAUCACCGUCCCCAAGAACCAGGUGGCCCGGCUGGAGUUCUCCAAGGAGCGGAUGGGGGUGGCCUGCGAGACGGGCCGGGCUUACAUGAUCAUCCGAGAGCAGAUCCCCAAGGCAGAGGAGAUGGUCACCCGGGAGGACGAGUUGCUGCCCAAGCCUCAGGUCCUCCAUCACAGCUUCUGGGUCAACGUCUCCAACUGCAGCCCGAUGAAAGGCAAACAGCUGGAUCUGCUGUUCUGGGUCACGCUCUCCCCGAGGAAGGCCGACCUGACCGUCGUCAUUCUCGCGGCUGUCGGCGGCGGGGCCACCUUGCUGUUUGCCCUCGGACUCGUCAUCUGCUACACCAAGAGGAAGAAAAAGGACUUCGGUAAGCACCCCGCCGUGGGCAUCUACAACAGCAGCGUCAACAUCCAGGCACCCGGGCAGGCCGAGAAGUUCCGGAAGAGACGGAAAGACAACGAUUCUCACGUUUACGCGGUGAUCGAAGACACCAUGGUGUACAGGGACCUGCUCAAGGGAUCCAAUGGCUCCGUCCCCGAGGUGGAUGUGUACCGCCCCUUUGAGGGACCGACGGCGAGCGUGCCCCCCUCCCCGCCUCCCAUCUGUUCCAGGGCGGGGACAAAAAGGCCGAGCACCGAGGACUUUUCUUCCUUCCUUCCCGUUUCGGAGAGCGAGCCGUACACCUUUUCCCAUCCCAAGCCCGACGAGCAAACGGUCAACGGGGACACAGCGGUGCCCUUGCUGGAUGGCAAGGAACAGGGGGAGCAGGGGGAGGCGACGGAGCAGUGACACGAAGCCGGGCCACAGACUCCUUGGCGGGGAGCCGCCUGGCAUGUCAUGGGGCCGGUGUGGCCUGGAGGCAACCGAGGGAAGAGAAUUCUCUAGGCAACAGAGGGCGUGUGUGUGUGUGUGUUUCUGGAUGCAGCUUCGUCCUUUUCCCUUAAUCACCUCAAGCUUUAGCUUUCACAACGAAUUGUGAGAAUUCCAGUCGGUUGGUGCCUGCCACUGCUGCAGAUAUUUUUUCCCGGAAAGUGGCCAUCAGAGCCCGUCCCCUAUUUUUAUCGUGAAACUCUGUGGGCGGAAAAGCAGCAGCCCCAGGACCGAGGCUUGAAUGACGGAACCCAGCCAGCGGAGGGACAAACUGCGGGAGAGAGGUGAUUCUGCCAGCCACUGGUCCCCUUGGGGGGAGAGAGAGAGAAAGAGAGAGAGGCGAGAACUUGCCGUCCAACUUCCUUCUGGCAGGUUGGCCAUCCGCAAGCUAACUUCCAGGGAGGCGCCUCUGCUUCACAGGCUGAACGACACUAGAAAAAGCAGCAUAUCUGACGAGAGAGCGCUUCAAAUUGUUCUGGUGAAGGGAAUACUGAAGAGCCAAGAUUUCAGCUCUCCUGGGAUGGAGACAAGACUGGGGCUUGUUUGCAACAAGAUUAGAAGUACCCCACCUUUCGCGCCCCCCCCCCCCCCCGCCCCCAUGUCCCACAUCACCCUGGGAGUCGAUUGCCCCUGGGUUCCUUCAUCGCAUUCCUGAUGUAGGAGCCACCGUGGCUUUGUGCUCCUCAAGUAUGUACUGAGUGCCCUCCACUUCUUAUUUUGCUUCGGUUUGGUGUCAGCGAUGAUGGCUUGUUCCGACCCUGUCGUGCUUAAGGGAGGCACACUUUUUUCCCCUCCCCUUUAAGAGUAAGAAAAUGAAAUGUUUGAGGGACAAACAUGAUGAUGAGUUGGCUCGCUCUCUCUCCCACCUGAUUCCCUGACUUGCCUCCCAGCACUACCAGUUACUUGCGGAAACAUUUUAGCCGGAAUUUUUACUGAAAGGACAGCUUCAGUAAAUGGAAUUCAGCUUGUCUUUGCCAGUGGGUCUUUCAGUGUGUCUUUAAGUCUUCACCGGGUAAGGAUUUAUUGUGGCCUAUUUCUUAGGGGACGAGAUUGACGACAAACCCAGCAGGCAGAGAAAAAAGUGUACCCCGUGGUGGCCGAACACCGGCUCUCUGCCACCUUGAAGCCAGUUCGGGUUAUUGGUGACGGGCAGAGUGAGUUCUGCCGAAACCAGGUCGUUCCAGGUUGAUGUCCAACUUGAAUUGCAUUUUCAGAAAACAGUCUGUCCUCUGUGGAAUGUCUCUGAGUGUGCUUUGGCCCUGUUCACAAGGAAGGGCUCAUAUACCUUUUAGGGUGCCUCUCGUCCUUAUUUCUGUGGCACUUUGCCAAAACAUGGAGAAGCAGAGGCAGCAUAAGUCAAUCAUCUGGAAAAUCAGGCUCUGCCUUGACUUCUCCCAGCAGCCUAUUAUUUCCACAAAGAGAAGUCUGCGGUCGGCCAAUUUCUGCUCGCUCCCAUUUUGUUCAGACUGACUUUGUCCCUUGAUCCUUUGGCCAAGGAAAGGAGCCUUUUUUUUUUUAAAAUAGCCCUCUGGCAACCAUAAAUGCAUCAAUUUGCAAUAGAUCUUGGGUUGGGUGGCCAACGUUAUCACAGUUCAGUUUGUCGCUCUUUGACCAAGACCGGCAAAGUUACCUAGCGCCAACUCAGAAGUGUUUGGGUGUUUGACUUUCAGACCGCUGGGCAAUUGUUUUUCCCAUUUGGCAUGAUGCCAUCCUAUGCCAGGGCCCUCUGCUCCCUGGAUCUGGGAACGGUCCCUGUUCUCCAGGUCCCGCAUCCCGUAUUCCAGUCUGCCGCCAGGAUCACUCCAGCCUGACGCCCACAUCACCUCUGCCCACAUAUUAGGUAGUCUUACUUGUGGCCUGGUGGUUCUACAUGCCUUCUUAAAGAGGGGAAACGCCUCUCUCCUUACCAGACAUGUGUUUCUAUCUCCCGUGGCAGAGCGAGUCCCUGGCUCCACGUCCCGUUCCCGUGACUCUCCGGGGUUCAGACAGAAAGUAACUUAUUUGCUGUAAGAUAUGUUUUGUUUUUUAGGGUGGCAUGUUAUUGCUUUCUUAUCUUUUAAUUUUUUUUAAUAAAAAGAAACAUCCCGACCAAG